AUGCACUUUUCAUCCCUCUUCACCCCCAUCGUGGCCCUCCUCACCACUACCGUGUCCGCCAGCCCCAUCGAAAAGCGUGCAGUCACCUCCGAUCAGAUGGUCCAAACCCUCAAGGGCCUCAAUCAACAAUCCAAGAGCCUUGCCACCAUCGCAAACAAGAUCAGCCCCAUGGCCGGGGUCCCUCUGCUUGGCCCCAGCUCUGGUAGUGGAACCACCACUUUCAACGACUUGAUCACUGGCUUUCAGGGUAUCAUCAAGACUGGCACUACUGCUAUUACCGACAUGGAGGGUACGGCACCCUACACCGAUACUGCUGCCGAGCAGCAGGUUUGCGCUGCUUUCUCCGAUGUAUNNUUCGUCCUUGUGCACCAGAACUUGCUCAAGAUUGUCAUUGGCAAGGCUGGUCUCUUGCAGGGUAUUUUCCUUGGCCCUGUUGCUGCUACACUCCGUUCGCUCGAGGGCGUUGUUGAUGUGANNACUCUUGCUUUUGGCGUCAUUGACUCUGUCCCUGUUUGCGCCGACAAUGCACAGAGCCAGAAGAACAACCUGGACGAGACUCUCGGUCAGGCUGUGUGUGCUUACACUCCUGCUGGUACCCUUGGUCUCAACCUCUUCUGUUAG